AUUCAUGUCGAUAGCCGACGCCUGUCAAAGAGGCUCCGUAAUUGAACUGUGCAUGUAUCUUUAUGAAUAAAGCUGCAGCCAGCAGCAAGGGGAAUCAAUACGCUGUGUGAGGACCUCAGGCACGCACGGACUGUUUUCACACUGGACGCAAUUUGGCAAUUACCUAUUUCACCCAACACGGAUAGUUUGAAUUAUUAACAUAACAAACGCGUGACGUAAAUUCGCUGGGUAGUUAAAUGACGAUGAUCUGCGCAUUUACUAGUGUGUCAUUGGAUCGUGCAUAUUUCAAAGAUUCUUCGUUUUUAUUAACACCUUUAUUGCUAUUCAUGAUGCACAUUGACAGAAAAGUUAAACACAUACGGUUGCUGUAAUGUGGAUCCUUUAACGGAAGUUAUUCCAAGCGACAGAUUAACAAGGCUGUGCAAUUAUAACUUAACUCGUAUCACAACACAACGCGUUUGCUCUACUUGCAGGCUUGGAGAUCGUUCAUGAUAGAGACGAGCUGUCUAGUAUGUGCAGGUAUGGUAACAUUAGCUGUUGGGAUUUUCUUAAUUCUAUUUUUACUGACCGUUGUUAGUGUUGGCGCCGUUAUGCUGUACGGAUUACUAAAAUCGCUGUUUGAUUCAGAGGGUUCGACACCGACUUUGCACUAUAAGGAGUCCGCAUUGGCGAAAUUUGUACUGAAACGCUGUCCUCGACUCACGAGAGCGUUCAUGCCAACAUUCUGGGCUCGCAAUCCUCACGCUCAAACUUUCAUCGGAGCGAUCCUCCCAAAAGAAACGAUGUCAGUAGAUCGGGAGUUCCUGCAAAUGAAAGACAAAGGGAUCGUUGCGAUAGACUGGUGUCGCGCUAGGGAGCAUAAAAAACUACGAAAAUCUAGCCCUAUUCUGAUCAUUAUUCCCGGAUUUUGCGGCGAUGCUUACAGUGUAAAUUCAAUCAUCAGAGAGGCAGGGAAGAGGGGAUAUCGGCCCGUGGUAUUUAAUAGGCGAGGACACGGGGGUUGUCCCCUAACCACGCCCAAGCUCCAGAGCUUCGGUGAUCCCCUGGUCAGGCAAGUGGUUAAAUACAUAAAGGGGCGUUUUCCACAAGCAAGAUUAACGGGGGUCGCAUACAGCGCUGGUUGUGGUUUGCUCAUGUCGUACCUUGGCGAAUACGGCUCAUCGGCCUACCUCAGUACGUGUGUGUGCAUUUCACCUGCGUAUGAUCAACAAGAAUUGUACAGGCAAGGAAUUAGGGAGCCUUAUAAUGGACUCAUACUGUAUGGUCUUAAACGGAUCAUAAGCAGACACACUCCUCCUCUAGCUAAACUUAUUGAUCUGGAGGCGGCGUGCAGGGCGCAUUCGCUGGAAGAACUGGAGCAGUUAGUGUACUGUAAGCUUAACGGACAGGAAAAUUUAGAGACAUAUUGGGAUAAGAAUAACCCUAUUCGUGACGUCGAUGAUAUCUCUAUCCCAUUGCUGUGUAUAAACAGUAAAGAUGACCCCAUAAGUGGACCCGAACAUAUACCCCUGGACCUUUUUGAAGUCAGCCCAAAUUUUCUACUUGCACUAACGCAGUAUGGCGGCCACUGUGGAUUUUUAGAGGGGGCGAGCGCAGACUGCUGGGCGGACAUGGUAGCUUUGGAUUUUAUUGUUGCUGUGCUUGAUUUUAUUAAGAAUGGAGAAAAGGAUGAAUGACUUCAGAAUGUUGUGUUUAAUAGGACAGGGGGAGCAGGGGUAAGACGGUGUCAUUUCAGUAAGAGGUGGAGACCUUUCACUUGAGGAAGGUUGGCGCUGCGCUUGCGUUCACCAAAUAGGCAUGCACUAUUUUCACAGAGAUUUCAAAAUAUCAUUCGCGCAAAAAUCUCAAAAUGUUGACGCCAUUCAUCUCAAUGGCGAUGGAGAAAAUGUGUUAUUAUAUAUGCCGGCUGUAUUAUAAUUGUUAAUGCCUUGUGUGUUAUGAAAUCCCAGAACGUUAAGUGGUAUUGUAACACAGUUCUUAAUCUAUGCAUGGCGUAUAACUGAAAUUUCCUACAUGAUAGUGUUAACAAGCACCGGGUAUCCUGGCCUGACUGUGUCUCAUAUUGCCUUCAUUACAACCUAACGUGAAUGAUUCUUAGAAAAGAUUAUUUGAAUGUCAAACUUUCCGGCUAAUAAAAUCAGUGAUAUACAUAAUAACAGUUGACGGUUAGUCUUGAAAUAAUGCCGGUCCAUUGGUAAUUUAGCGAACACUUGUGCGAAUGGAUUUUUCUAUCAAUUACAUAUUGAAAACAAGUCACACGGAUGCGAGUGAUAGCGUCUGAGAUAAAGAAAAUGAAUGCUACACAAUAUUAUUUUCUGAAAUAUUUUUCUAAGAACUUUAUUGCAAGACAAAGCUGAACCAAUUUGUCUCUAGAUUAGCUGGUCGAUUGAGCAAAUGGUCAGCAAACUUUGAGAUUUUCAUGUGUCAAUAUCCAUAAAGAAAAUAAAAGCAAUGGAUAGAGUUGUACAUGUACAAAUAACGACGUGUCACAUCCGCGGGAAAUUUUUGGCUUUAAGUAAGAAAAAUCGGUGACGGAAGAGUGUUUGUGACAAGCGUUAUCAAUAUCCAUAGGAGCAACUGAUGUGUGUGUUCGCUUUUCGGUCUUUUUGACAAGAUGCACUGGGAUUGUUAAGGAAAAAGUACAGAAUGAAUAGAGAUGGAUGUAAUCAAUAUUCCACGUCCAGACAAAACACUUUCAGACAAAAUCAUCGAGGAUACAAAAAAAAAAGAAAACUAAAAAGAUCAUCAGUGGUCUUGUCGAAUUGACAUAAACAUUGAUACUCAUUCUAUAGUCAUUUUUGUUGACCCAAUGGACUGCAUUAAGAACUGGAAUGGAUGGCUAAGCUUUUCUCAGUUAAGUUUAAGCACUUUUAAUGUGUAUUCCUACGGUUGAUUUGACAACGCAUUCUUUAGGUCUCAAAUAUUCUAUGCUACUAUUGCUCAAAUUACUAUCUAAUCCAUGAAAUAAAUGAUCCAAUUAAAGUAAAAUGAUCUUCAUUAAAUCCCCUAUAUUGAAUGCUCGAUAAGAACUGAGUGGUCCUAAUAUGUUGAGGUAAUGAUUGCGUUAUUCAAGUUUCCUCUCAAAGGUCUUAAUUUUCGUGAAAUGAUUCUGUUUUCUAUUUCAUCACAUCAGCAAAUUAUGAAUUUCUUAGGUAGUAUUUAUUGAUAUUUUUUUACAACCGGAACAUAUCAGGUUUUAGACUUGCCUUUUUGAACCACAUUGAGCAAUAAUGGAAUUAUUUUUCGAAGUGUGCAAGUAAAACGCAGCUUAUCAUUUGCACAAAGCUGAAGGGAAAGGCUUUUUUCUCGAGUGGACGGCAGUAUAUUGCAACUAAAGAUGCCUAAAACCAAAUAAUUAAAACAGCUUUAAAGAUAUCAACGAAAUAAAACAAACGAAAACCUGAUGAUAGAAAUGAUGGAGAAAGACAUAUCUUCAAAUUUCAGGCUAUUUGUUGCAACCGCCGACGGCGCUGAUAUGUAUAAUAUAGUUUUUUGCUUCUCGUCUCUCACAUCUGCUUGUUU